GAGGCUCCGAAUGAGAGAAUGGCGUUUACGUAAUUCUGAAAGUUGAGGAACUUGCAAGUCCCCAUCUCUAGCUCUUAUAUCGUAUCUAGGGUUUCUCGCUCAUUAGGGUUCGGGUUGCUGGGAGAGAAGGCGAGACGCGGCAGCCAUGGUUCUCAAGACUGAACUUUGCCGCUUCAGUGGUGCCAAGAUAUACCCUGGUAAGGGUAUCAGAUUUGUCCGUUCAGAUUCUCAGGUCUUCCUUUUUGCGAAUUCAAAAUGCAAGAGGUACUUCCACAACCGACUCAAGCCUUCGAAGCUUACCUGGACUGCAAUGUACAGGAAGCAACAUAAGAAGGAUAUCCAUGCUGAAACUGUGAAGAAGAGGCGCCGAACUACCAAGAAACCUUACUCUAGAUCAAUUGUUGGUGCUACUUUGGAGGUGAUUCAGAAGAAAAGAACUGAGAAGGCGGAAGUACGGGAUGCUGCUAGGGAAGCUGCCCUUCGCGAAAUCAAGGAGAGGAUUAAGAAAACCAAGGAUGAGAAGAAGGCGAAGAAGGCAGAAGUGCUGGCAAAGACACAGAAAACUCAGGUCAAGAGCUUGCCCAAGGGGCCAGCACCAAAAGGCCCUAAGCUUGGAGGUGGUGGUGGAAGGCGCUGAACACCUGAUAUCACCAGUGGAAGAAAGACAAUAGGACAUUGAGUAAAACAUGUUUCAUUUACUUUUGUUCAAGUACUUCAAUCAUGUUCAGUUUGUGCUGGUACUCACAUAGUGUGACCCUUACUAUGGUUGUAGCCCCCAGCAGCUCUCCUUAGCUACCCUGAUGCUGCUUAUAUUCUACUACUUGGUUUAUGAACUUGGGUAUAUUGUUUUGUUUUAGGUGGUAUGCCUUUAUCUAAAUGGUCAUUUAACCAGUUACGGUUCA